UUAUAGAAUGUUACCGAACAAAUACAACAUAUGACUGCGCUAUUGCCAAUUAUACUUGUUGGGAUGUUUAUGUUCAAGUUUUUAAUCAAAGCUCUGGAGUUGAUGAAUAUGAUAUUCGUGCUCCAAAUGGUAAGGGAACACCAUUUGCAGAUUACACAAAUUUCUUGGAUGAUCCUUCGGUUAGGAGAUCAAUUGGUGUUAAUACAAAUGAAAUAAAAACAAACUAUGUGGAAGUUAGUAAUGAAAUAUAUAAUAGAUUUACUGCUUCCGGUGAUGUAAUGCAUUCUACUAUGUCUCAAGUAGAAUUUCUACUUGAUAAUGAUAUACCAAUGAUAUUUUUUGUUGGAGAUGCUGAUUUUAUUUGUAACUGUAAUGAAAUGAUUGAAUCAUUAAAAUGGAAAUGUCAACAAGAAUUUAUUAAUACUAAAUUCCAAGAUUGGAAAGUGGAUGGAGUAAAAGUUGGCGAGAUUAGAAAGGUUAAAAAUUUAUG